CGACGUAGAAGAAGAUUAUCACGACAACGAAGAAGACUUGCAAUGACGACACGGUCUAACAGCCAAUCACAUUGCAGAGACGAAGAUGGCGGAAUCGGGGAUGAGCGUUAGGAGCUGCCGAGAAUUAUGGACCAUACUGAUGGGAAGAUCUGCAUUGAGAGAGCCAGCUCAGAUAGAGGCAGAGCUUGACAGACACUGGGAAAGACUACAUCAAGGACUCAGUUACUACAAGCCACCCAGCGCUUCAUCAGCUGUAAAAGUCAAGGAGAACAAAGAUGUUGCACAACCAUUGAAAGAGUUUGGUUUAAGGAUUAGUAAACUAUUGGGUCUCGAUGAGCAACAUAGUGUUCAGCUUUUGCAGUGCUACCUACAGGAGGAUUACAGAGGAACCCGUGAUUCAUUAAAGGUUGUCCUCAAAGAUGAAAGACAGAGCCAGGCACUGCUGCUGAAGAUAGCGGAUUACUACUAUGAAGAACGAAUGUGUCUACUCAGGUGUGUCCUGCUCUUGCUGACAUACUUUCAGGAUGAGAGACAUCCCUACAGGGCUGAGUACUGUAACUGUGUUAAUAAACUGGAGAAGGACCUGGUCAGCAUCUACCAAUCACAGUUUGAGAAUCUUUUCAGAGCUGAAGCACCAACAUGGGAAACACAUGGAAACCUCAUGACGGAACGGCAGGUGUCUCGGUGGUUUCUGCAGUGUCUUCGAGAACAGGCUCUGCUCCUUGAGAUCAUCUUCCUGUACUAUGCUUAUUUUGAGAUGAGCCCAGCUGACCUACUGAGCUUCACCAAAAUGUUCAAGGAGCAAGGCUUCGGUUUGCGGCAGACCAACAGACACCUAGUGGACAAAAGUAUGGAUGCACUGGUUGACUGCAUUGGCUAUUUGAGCUCUCUUAUCCUGAUUGAAGGGAUGGACAUAGACUUUCUGCACAAGUGUGCUCUAGAAGACUGUACAGAGCAGCAUCAGUUCUCCAGCACUCCUGAUGUCAUUAAGGAGAUGGAUCAGCUGCUGCUAACAUUUGGUGACAUCCCUCAUCAUGGGCCUGUACUUUUGGCUUGGGUCCUGCUGAGGCACACACUUAGGCCAGAUGAGUCAAGCCCUGUGAUUAGAAGAAUAGGAAACACUGCCCUGCAGCUGGGGGUGUUCAAGUACCUUUCAACUAUGCUGAAAGGCCUUGGGCUUUCAGUGAAUAAUUGCACAGCCAUCACAACAAAGAUGUGUAUUUAUGGCCUCCUCUCAUUUGUGAUCACCUCUUUUGAAGAAGAAAGCUUACAGACUGAUGGUGUAGCAACUCAGUGCUCUCACCUGAUUGAUGCUGCCUGUGAGGUCCUUUCAGCUCCCAAUCUGGCUGAGGUUUUUUGGGAGAUGAAGCCCAACAUGGGACUGGGGAUGAUUCUGGACAGUGCAGCUGGGAUGUUUCCUCACAAAAUUGCACCCCUUUUGCAACUUCUAACUGCCCUUGUGUCAAACAAGUCAACAGUGAAAAAGGUGUACAACUUCUUGGAUAAGAUGUCUUUCUACACUCAAGUUUAUAAGCAUAAACCCAAUGACAUAAUCUCCAAGGAUGAUGAGACACUGUGGAGGAGGCAAACACCAAAACUUCUGUACCCUCUUGGCACAGGGCAGACUAACCUGUGGAUGCCACAGGGUGUGCUGGGCCAGGUGAUGAUUGCAGGAGAGCAGGGUUAUGUAGUGCGCUGGGACCACUCCUAUAGUUCAUGGACUCUCUUUACCUGUGAGGUGGAGAUGUUGCUUCACGUUGUUUCAACUGCGGAUGUUAUUGCUCACUGUGCCCGUGUGAAGCCUAUCCUGGAUCUCGUCCAUAAAAUUAUAAGCACAGACUGGACUGUGUCUGAUUGUUUGUUGCCUCUCACUUCCCGCAUUUACAUGUUGCUCCAGAGAUUAACGUCAGUCAUCAACCCCCCAGUGGAUGUGAUUGCCUCUUGUGUGAACUGCCUUUCUGUCUUGGCUGCGAGGAUGCCCACAAAGGUAUGGUCCAGUCUGCACCAUACUGGCUUCCUUCCAUUUGCAUCCAACCCUUUGACCAACAUGGCUCAGUGUAUAAGUGCUGAGGGGAUGAAGGCUGGUAACUACGGCAACCUGCUGGUCCAGAUCGAACAGCCCAGGGGGGAGUAUGCUGUUACCAUUGCCUUUCUCCGUCUCAUUACUACCCUGAUCAAGGGCCAGCUUGGUAGUACUCAGAACAAAGGACUAAUGCCCUGUGUGUUACUGGUGCUAAAGGAAAUGCUGCCCACAUAUCAUAAGUGGCGUUACAACUCGUAUGGAGUCAGGGAGAGGAUUGGUUGCCUUAUUUUGGAAUUGAUCCAUGCCAUUCUUAAUCUGAGCCCAGAGGGAGAGGAUCAGGGCAGUACUCCUACUCUGCAGUCUCUGUGCAUCUACAGCUUGGCAAACACUGAAGCAGGACAAGCUGUUGUCAAUAUCAUGGGAGUUGGAGUAAAUACUAUAGAUGUAGUACUGGCUGCUCAGCCCAGCAGCUGUGGCUCAGAUGGACCUGGUCAGAUCUUGAUCCAAACAGUCAAACUGGCCUUCUCUGUCACAAACAACGUUAUCCGCCUGAAGCCGCCCUCUGAUGUUGUGUCCCCACUGGAGCAGGCUCUAACACAGCAUGGAGGACAUGGCAAUAAUCUUAUAGUUGUCCUGGCAAAGUAUAUUUACCAUAAACACGACCCAGCACUGCCUCGCCUUGCAAUCCAACUGCUCAAAAGACUCGCCACAGUGGCUCCUAUGUCCAUCUACGCCUGUCUUGGCAGCGAUGCAGCUGCAAUCAGAGAUGCAUUCCUCACUCGCCUGCAGAGCAAAACGGAAGACAUGAGGAUCAAGGUCAUGAUCCUUGAAUUCCUCACUGUUGCCGUGGAAACUCAGCCAGGUCUCAUCGAACUGUUCCUGAACCUUGAAGUCAAAGAUGGCAGCGAGGGGUCAAAGGAGUUUCUACUGGGUGAGUGGAGCUGCCUUCACGUGGUAUUGGACUUGAUUGACUCCAAACAGCAGGGGAAAUAUUGGUGCCCUCCGCUGCUCCACAGAGCAGCCCUGUCCUUCCUCCUUGCUCUCUGGCAGGAUCGCAGAGAUAGCGCCAUCUCUGUACUACGUACCAAACAGCGCUUUUGGGAGAAUUUAAUGACUCCUCUCUUUGGAACUCUUGCCCCACCUUCAGACACCGCAGAGCCUUGUGUUCUGGAGACCUGUGCUUCUGUCAUGAAAAUCCUCGGCCUGGAGAUCUAUUAUGUUGUGAACGGCUCCUUGGAGCAGUCUCUUAAAGACGGGCUGAAGAAGUUUUCCAGCGCACAGCGCUAUGAAUACUGGUCCCAGUAUGUCAAGUCUCUGGUGUGUCAUGUGACAGAAGUGGAGGAGGAAGGCAUUUGCUAUUUUGCUGAGACCCAGAUGCUGAUCUCUGCCUGGCGGAUGCUGCUAAUACUUUCCACUAGCCAUUCCAAUGUGAUGCAGCUGACUGAUGACUCAACCAAACUAAAACUUUUCAAGGAUGUUCUGAAUGGGACUAAAGCUGCUUUGACGACGCCCACGUCUGUACCUUGUCUCCGUCUUGGCUCCAUGAUGGCCACUUUACUCCUGAUCCUCCUCAAGCAGUGGAGGAGUGUGGUCGUGGCAGCUCCUGACAUCUUAUCGCCACUGUCCUUGAUCUUGGAGAGUGUCCUGCAAGCUGACCAGCAGGUGAUGGAGAGAACCAAAGCUAAAAUCUUCUCAGCCCUCAUUUCAGUGCUACAGAUUCAAGAGCUGAAUGGUGGAGAUAUUUCUCAGCUCCCUCAGCUGCUACUUUGUGUGUGUGAGACAGUUAAAGAUGAGGCUCUGGCACUCAUUGACAGUACUCGCCACAUGAGCCAGAUGGGAGACACUGUGGAGGAUGAGGACAGCAUGGAGACAGACUCUCCUCGCGGGCUGCAGAAGGACCAGAGAGAUGGGGUGUGUGUCCUAGCACUGCACCUCGCAAAGGAGCUAUGUCGCACUGAUGAGGAGGGUGAGCACUGGGUGUCUGUGAUGAGGAAGGUUCCUGUGCUCCCGUCGGUUCUCGGCGCUGUGGAGCUCAGCCUGCGGUCCAAGCACAACCUGUACUUUACAGAGGCUGCCCUUCACCUUCUACUCACACUGGCCCGUACUCCUCAGGGAGCGGCAGCUGUUGCUGGAGCAGGAGUCAUCCAGACUAUAUGUCUCCCUCUGCUGAGCGUCUAUGAGGUCUCUUCAAACGGCGCAUCACAGAGUUUCUCCCGUAAGUCCCAGGACUCCGCCUGCUGGCCGGGUGUUUAUCGCCUCUGCAUGUCUUUAAUGGAGAGUCUCCUCAAAACCCUGCGUUACAACUUUAUCAAUGAAGCUCUGGACUUUGUUGGAGUACAUCAAGAACGCAUUCUACAAUGUCUGAACGCCGUGCGAACAGUGCAGAGUCUGGCCUGUUUGGAUGAGGCCGACCACACUGUUGGUUUUCUGCUGCAGCUUUCAAGCUUCUGUAAAGAGUGGCAGUUUCACCUUCCCAAACUGCUCCGGGAUGUACAGGUCAACCUUUGUUAUCUGUGCCAGACCUGCACGUAUCUUCUCCACAGCAAGAAGAUGCUCCAUCACUACCUCCAGGCUAAAAAUGGUGAAGCUUUGCCACCUGGUCCUCUUCCAAGGGCACAUAAGCCCCCACAGGCACCAUCUAAAGAGGCAGCCGGUGGAGGGGAGCGGGAGGAGGCUGAGCAGAAGGCCCUCCUGGCAGUGCAGUGCAGCCUCCUGAAAAUCCUUAGCAAAACCUUGGCGACCCUGCAGCACUUCACCCCAGACUGCUGCCAGAUCCUCCUGGACCAGUGUAUGGAUUUGGCAGAGUACAGGACCCUGUUCGUGCUCAGCUUCACGACUCCAGCUUUCGACCCUGAUGUGGCCCCUUCAUUUGGAACCCUGCUGGCCACCAUCAAUGUGGCCCUGAGCAUGUUAAGCGAGAUGGAGAAGAAGAAAGAGCCAGUUUCACUGAACAUAGCUUCGCUGGCUUCAUCAGAAGAGAUCCAAGCUCUGAAGUCAUUGCUGAUGUUCACAAUGGAGAACUGUUUCUAUGUCCUCACCUCCCAAGCUGUUCGAUGUCUCAAAGAUCCCUCUAUCCUCCCUCGAGACAAACAGAGGCUCAAACAGGAGCUCAGCUCUGAACUGAGCACUCUUCUCUCAAGCCUGUCCCGGCACUUCCGCAGAGGGUCUCCAUCUUCUCCAGCCAGCGGCAUGCUCCCCUCUACCCAGUCCAAACCACCCACACCCGGCUCCAAAGCAAGUCAUGAAGGUCAGGAGCCUUUCAUCCAACUUGUUCAGGCCUUUGUCAGACUUGUACAGCGAUAGAUCUUUACUUGCAGCCAAAGUCAUGGCAGUUUUUUUCCCUCUUUUGUUUUGGAAAGAUUCACUGUUCUUUACAAAGCUGACACCAGCUUUGUACUCAGAAUAGUAGAAUUGGCAAAAACAAGCAUCACUUUAUGUACAGUUCAAAAGUGGGACUAGUAUAAACAUUUUUGACCUGGAAUAAUUUUCAUAUUGCUCUCAAAUAUUUUUUCGUUUUGCCAAAUCUGUUUUUGUAACAAACUAACCUAUGACCAUAACCAAAGUGUUACCUUGAAAAUGCAAGUGAUUGUCUAAAAAUGUGUGUCUUGGCACAACCAAACAUCAGUCACUGUCUGUAAUCAAUCUUUGAGGCCUAGUUUUAUAGGUCACCAACGAUGUGUAACACCUCAUAUGUUAAGUGCUGCUUAAACAAUUUGACCUUUAAAACAUUCUCUUAUCAGUGUAGUAGAAAAGUUUACUCUGUAAAGCUGUUACACAUUUGUAAUUCUCUCCAGUUUACCUAAAUCCUGAUCUGAUUUCGUGGCUAUUUUUUUAACCGGGUCCAUCUCUGUAAACAAUUUGAAACAGUAAACAAAAUUUGUACUUUUUAAAAUGUUAAUGCUAAUAAAGAAACUUUCAUACCACA